AUGGUUCAGAGUACUGCAGAUGCGGGCCAAGACACCAGGGAUUUCAACGAGAAAGGUGUUCCAGUUGGUGCCGUCACGGACGCAACCGCCGCCACCGGCGCCACCACGGCCAUCGCGCAGGCGCUGGUGACCCUCUGUUGGUCUUCGGGCGCUGCCGGCAUCGCCUUUGGCCGCCUGCUCGGGCCCUUGACGGAGGAGCUGUACCGGCGACCGGACGACUUCAACGACAAAGACCUGGCGACGCUGGUCUUUGCCCUUAAGGGCUGGUGGCCUCGGGAGCAGCUCCAUCUCAGGGACGCGGCCAUGCUGCGGGUGAAGACGGAGGCAUCCAGGCGCGAUUUGCCUAUCACCGCGGACAUGCUGAGGACUGGUCUCGGCGGGGUGAGGUGA